CCACAGUCACGGUAUUUCAAUCGUUCAACAAAAUCACCAUGGCUCCAGGGCGCACGACAAAAAGGAGGCGCUUGAGCCCUCCUGCUGACGAGGUCAAUGAUGCUUCUCAAACUUCCAAGAGCUCAUCCUUAAACAAGUUCUACAGCACCGCCGCGGAAUGGGAUCUCGAACAAGAUUACGAGCGCCGCCCGCGCAAACUGGACAAGAAAGAUAAGGAGAGGACAAGAUUGCCUAUCAAAACCGCGGAGGGUUUACAAAACAUUGAGGAACCGGAGCCUGAAGAGUCUGACAGUUUUCUUGGCACCGAUGACGAUGAGGGGGAUGACGCCCAGGAUGAUAUGGACGAGGAUGAGGAACAGCCUGCUGAGGAGGAGAAACCUAGAAUUCCAAUGAAGCUACAGAUUCUUCAGGCGAAAGAAGAGCUGGCGAAACUGGCGUCUUUGAUCAAUGAAGACCCAGAGGAACAUCUUGGGUCUUUCAAAACAAUGUCCGAAAUGGUUGAUAACGGCGCACACGUUGUAAUCAAGAAACUGGCUCUUGCUUCACAAGCAGCGAUCUUCAAAGAUGUGAUUCCAGGCUACCGCAUCCGCCCUCUCAGCGAUGGAGAUAUGUCCGCUAAGCUUUCGAAAGAAGUGCGCAAACUUCAAAACUACGAACAAUCGCUUCUGUCACAUUAUAAACAUUACGUUCAAAAGUUGACUGAACUUACAAAGCCAUCGAAAGGCUCGAAGGACGAGAUCGAUCCCAGUUUAAAGAGCAUUGCGAUCAACUGCGCUUGUACCAUGCUCCUUUCUGUACCACAUUUCAACUUCCGCGGUGAACUUCUGAAGAUUCUUGUCAACCGCCUCGCUAGGAGACAAAUUGAUGCUGAUUUCGUCAAAUGCCGGGAAACAAUCGAAGAGGUCUUUGCAAGAGAUGAGGAUGGAGUCGUCUCCCUCGAAGCUGUUCGUCUUCUAUCGAAGAUGAUGAAGGCGAAGGAAUUCAGAAUUAAUGAAAGCGCCCUAGACACUUUCCUCCACCUGCGACUACUCUCUGAAUUCUCUCACAAAGCAUCAAGGGACAGGGUCGAUCGCGAGCCGGAGGAGGAUACAUUCCGCGGUAAGAAAUUGAAACAAAAGAAGGAAUUCCGGACAAAACGGGAGCGCAAGGUCGAGAAGGAGCGGAAGGCUGUGGAGAAGGAUAUGAAACAGGCCGAUGCGUUAGUCUCUCAUGAGGAAAGGGAUAAGAAUCAAGCAGAGACAUUGAAACUUGUCUUUGGGGUGUACUUCCGAAUUUUGAAACUGCGGGUUCCUCCUCUUAUGGGCCCUGUGCUCGAAGGCCUCGCCAAAUACGCACACUUGAUCAACCAAGAUUUCUUUGGCGACUUGCUUGAAGCGCUGAAGGACCUAAUAGGACACGCUGAUCGGGCCGAACUAGAAGACGAUGAUACAGAGGACGAAGAUGCUGAAUCGGCGACAACAUCAAGAGACGCUCAGCGUGAAGCCCUCCUUUGUACUGUCACUGCUUUCGCGCUCUUGCAGGGACAGGAUGCCAGCAAGGCGGCGGCAACCCUUCAUCUAGACUUGAGUUUCUUCAUCAAGCACCUUUAUCGCGCCUUAUACUCUCUUUCAACAAACCCUGAUGUCGAGUUUAACCCCAAUAAAUCUCUUCGGCUUCCCGAUCCUGAUGAGCACAGUGAGACCCAACAAUUCAAAUCGAGGAACAAAGUCAACUUCCAGACUCCUACAGUUCUGCUGCUUCGCUGCCUUCAGUCCACACUGCUAUCCCGCGCACAAGGAAUACCACCUCCAGUGCGUGUUGGAAGUUUUACCAAACGGCUCCUGACGACGUCGCUCCAGGUCCCUGAGAAGUCUGCAAUUGCCACGCUUGCCCUUGUCAAUCAGGUAGCGAAACAUCACGCAAAUCGGAUCUCUCCUUUAUGGCAUAGUGAGGAGCGUAAAGGCGAUGGUGUGUUUAAUCCCUAUGCGACGGAAAUUGAGGCAACCAAUGUCUUUGCUGGAACGGUAUGGGAAGGAGAGUUAUUGCGACUACACUACUGUCCUCAAGUCCGGGAUGCUGCGGUGGAUGUCGAGAAGAUGAUCUCUUCGAGGAAAUAAGCCAUUGUCAUUCUGACUAUUUGCAAUGUUAUUAACAUGAUGUCCUAUUGCCGUAAAAAAACAUUCCUCUUGUUUCAUCGAUAGAACCCAUAUGUAAUGUUCUUUGUCCCGCUUCAUUUGUAUUGUUUCCCACCUGCUCUUUUUGCCUUUGUUUUGAUUCAAUUUCUUCGCUUUGUUUUUUAUGUUGUUUUUCCUUUUUGGUUUAGCCAGAUCACGAUACCCGCCCGUGUCAAAUCAAAUCAAAUCCAAUCCUAAAUGAAC